GAAGACGCAACAGUGACCGCUCGAAGCGAGGCAGUUCCGCCGCCUGGAGUGGACUUCUCGCAAUCUGGCCCAGCCAUUAGGAACGCACUCUGUUCGUUCAGCUGGAGCCCACAGGUAGCGCUUUCGAUCUCCAUCCCCGGUACUUGUCCUUAACCAUGCUAUCUCCAAAGUUCGUCAACCCGAGAUCUCACGAUGACCAAAUCAUCCACGUCGACCAGAAGACAUGGUAUAAAGCCACGCGGAACCCUAAUACUAAAGUUAUUGUAUAUCAGUGCAAAUGGGACACACAGGGCAGCCCCUGCCGACGAUGGAUUGAAGGAGGUGUACGGGAAAUACGCACCCAUCUCCGCAUCUACCACGGUGUACAGGGGCAAGCGAAGGACCCGAUCCGGUGCAAGUGGUUUGGCUGUUCUGACGAACGCGAUUUCAAAUACAGCAGCAUCCCUCGACAUAUCGUGACUCACCUCAAGGUGACGCUUCUCUGCUCCAACUGCCGCACGCAGUUCCCUCGAGACGACCGCAUACAGUUUCAUCGCAGGAUCGCCAGGAAAUGCGCCCGUGCAAAUACUGUUACUGUUGUUGGGCCAGAGGCUCGACUUAUCCGCUUGGAUUCUUGAGGUGUGUAGUAGGUUUGGGGCUGCCCUGGGUAACAAGUCGCUCUCCUACAUCUCACCAACCCUUUCCUUGAAUGUUUCUUGCCUCCCGCUGAGUGGGAUCUGUAUACUUAUUUUCCCUUUAACAGUCUACUGUUAUUAUUACCCAUUGUUCCUUUCAAGU